UUAAAAUUUUACAAGUUUCAAAAACGUGUCGUCUUAGACUUAAUAGACUUAAAACAAGUUUUUGGCAGUUUCUUCAUCUCAAUUUUCAAAUCAAUCCCUAAAAAUAAAAUGGCAUUGGAGAUUUUAGCUCAAGAAAAAGUGUGGCUCGAUAAAUCAAAGUAUGCUGAUGCAGAACGUAUGUUCUAUGAAAAACAAUCAAAGAAUACCGGUUGUGAGGCCCCUGGCAAGAAAGUGCUGUUAGCUGAGAUUGAAAAGGCUCGUCAAAUUUUGCACGAGAAAGUUCUAAAUAUUGGUGAAUAUGAGUCAUCUGUCAUUUGUUCAAGGGAUACAGAAAGUUCCAAUACAAUAAAUGCAAUUGCUGAAUUAAAAAAUGCUUUUCAAAAGUUGGAGGUCCGCGUUAGUGUAUUGGAAGGAAAAUCUCCAAGUAGUUCUUCAAAUAAUUCAAGUUCAUUGAAUCAAGAUAUUGAACAAUUACAAAGUCUUAUGGCACAAUUAGAAGCUCGUGUUACAUCAUUAGAAACUAAAAAAACAGCUCAGCCUUCUUCUAAACCGGAAGAAAAGAAAACAUCAAAAGUAAAUGAUGAUGAAGAUGAUGAUGUGGAUUUGUUUGGAUCAGAUUCUGAAGAAGAAUCUGAAGAGGCAGCCAAAAUUAAAGCCCAGAGGGUAGCUGAGUAUUCAGCUCGAAAAUCUAAAAAACCAACUCUUAUUGCAAAGUCAAACAUCAUAUUGGAUGUUAAGCCAUGGGAUGAUGAAACUGAUAUGAAGGAAUUAGAAAAAGCAGUGCGCCAAGUUGCUACUGAUGGUUUACUAUGGGGAGCAUCUAAGCUGGUUCCAUUAGCUUAUGGAAUACAUAAACUUCAAAUUAGUUGUGUUGUUGAAGAUGAAAAAGUAUCAAUUGAUUGGUUACAAGAAACAUUACAAGAAAUUGAAGAUUUCAUUCAAAGUGUUGACAUAGCAGCUUUCAACAAAAUUUAAGAUCAACAAUUAAAAUGAUUUA